GACGUUACCUUCUGGAUCCUGCGUGACCCCGAGCAGUCAGGCGGGCGCGAUCGACUUGCCAUGCAAAUCUUAUUUCGCUUCCACAAAGGCCACCAAAUUAAACGAGUCCCGACAACAUUCCUGUUCGUGGAAGAAAAGCUGCCCAUCAUCUGCCCUAUUUCUCACAUUCUUGCCAAAGCACUGGCAGAGGGGGCUAUUGCUAUAGGCGAGCCUAAUGAUGCUGCCUCAUUCUUUGCAACCAGAAUCAACCGGCCUGGUAUCAAGAUUCGAUGGAAAGAGGAGUCCCUGCACAAGCCACUCUUUCGAAAGUCAGCGAAAACACUACAAGGCUAUGACAAGAUUGAUGAACCGCUCACACAGAGCAUUUUCAACGACCACUCUCAGCGGCUCGGCAAGGAAGUCGGCCUGGAAGAACUUCUGCAAAAUUAUUGCUAUCGGCGAGGCUUCGCAGAGACUGUUGAUCGUCACUAUAGGCAGUCCGUCCGAGAUCAAACACUGCGACACCAGCCGAGAAGCGAUACCUACCAAAUGGCCUACCACAAUUCCAGAGUGAAUGCUGUAGUGCAAGACGCCUUUCUCGGCCGUGGGACCAGCUCACCGUAUUUAGCCGUUAUGAAUCAUAUGAGCAUUCGCCGCAACGAGAAGGCCCCGAAGAUAGUGCCCAGCGAAGUAAUGGACAUGAUUGGCCCAAGCAAACUCGUGCGGCGGCUUGCAGCGGAGCUGGGAAACAUUCGUGACCUACUCGGGGUAAAGUACGGGAAGCCAACGCUCGCCAUAGGGGAUGACUUGCUUCAACUAAAGCAGAAAGAAAACGAGCUUCGGGCUGCCAAACAGUCACAGUGUCGAAAGGUUCUGCAGCACAUGCGCGCAGAGUUCUUUCAAAUGUCAGAUGACGAUCAA